AUGCAGCUCAUCCUGUACACAGCCGUGUUCCUUUACCUCAAGCAGUCUGCCAGUGCUGAACCCAAAGCCAAGUGCCCAACACGUUGCGAUGUAAGUACCUGUCCGAGCCCCAGCUGCCCCAGCGGGUACGUGCCGGACCGCUGCAACUGCUGCCUGGUGUGCGCUCAGGGAGAAAGGGAGCCGUGCGGCCGCAAAGACGACCUGCCGUGCGGGGACGGACUGGAGUGCAAACACCCGGCAAACAAACGGCUUUCUAAAGGCUUCUGUCAGUGCAAGUUCAACCACGAAGUGUGCGGCAGCGACGGGAAGACGUACGGUAACGUGUGCCAGCUGAAGGCGACCAGCAGGAAGGCUCUGCAGCAGGGACAGCCAGGCGUCACCCAGAUCCAGAAGGGACCAUGUGAGACCAGCAUAGGUCCUUCAAAUGCUGUCAGUCCUCGUUACAAGUUCAACUUCAUAGCUGACGUGGUGGAGAAAAUCGCUCCUGCUGUGGUCCACAUCGAGCUCUUCCUCAGACAUCCUCUCUAUGGUCGGAACAUCCCUCUGUCUAGUGGAUCUGGGUUUGUGAUGUCAGACAAUGGACUGAUUGUUACCAAUGCCCAUGUAGUCUCCAGCACCGCUCCAGUGUCCGGUCAACAGCACCUUAAGGUCCAGAUGCAUAAUGGUGAUGUCUAUGAAGCCAGUAUCAAAGACAUUGACAAAAAGUCAGACAUUGCAACCAUCAAAAUCAACGCACAGACAAAGCUGUCCAUAUUGUUUCUGGGUCACAGUGCAGACCUGAGGCCCGGGGAGUUUGUGGUUGCUAUUGGCAGUCCCUUCGCCCUGCAGAACACCGUCACCACUGGCAUUGUCAGUACCGCACAGAGAGACGGCAAGGAGCUGGGCCUCAGGGACUCUGACAUGGACUACAUCCAGACGGAUGCUAUUAUCAAUUAUGGGAAUUCAGGAGGACCUCUAGUCAAUUUGGAUGGCGAGGUGAUCGGCAUCAACACCCUUAAGGUGGCAGCAGGAAUCUCGUUUGCAAUUCCCUCUGACAGAAUCACUCGCUUCCUCAACGAGUCGCUCGACAAGCACAGUAAAGAGGUGAGGUCACUAAAGAAGCGCUUCAUUGGGAUAAGGAUGCUGACCAUCACAACAGCGCUCAUUGAGGAAUUAAAACAGCAGAACCCAGACUUCCCUGAUGUCACUAGUGGGAUCUAUGUCCAUGAGGUUGUUCCUCACUCACCUGCACAGAAAGGUGGUAUCAGAGAUGGUGACAUUAUAGUGAAACUGAACGGCAAACCUUUGAUGACUACAGCUGACUUGCAGGGGGCGCUGCAGGAGGAAACGGCCCUGCUGCUGGAGGUCAGGAGGGACAACGACGACCUGCUCUUUAACAUUGAACCUGAUGUGAUCAUGCAGUAG